AUGUCGAACUUCGAACAGACAUUACAAGAUGCCUGCACAGCCAGAGAUAUUCCAGGUGCAAUUGUAGUGGCAGGAGAUAUUUCUGGGAAGUUUCAUUAUGAGAAAGCCUUCGGAUAUCAAUCUCUCAAGGAUCCAGCGACGCCCAUGGAACUGGAUAAUGUCGUGUGGCUUGCUUCCUGCACAAAGCUAAUCACAACUGUCGCGGCAUUGCAGUGUGUUGAACGAGGCCUUUUAAGCCUCGACGGCGAUAUUUGUGAACUGCUACCAGAAUUCAAGGGUGUACAAAUUUUGACUGGUUUUGAUGAAGAGAGCGGGAAGCCAAUCUUGAUAGACAAUCACAAAACUAUAACACUUCGACAUCUUCUCACACAUUCCUCCGGUAUUGCAUAUGAUAUUUUCGAUCCGUUACUUGCUCGCUACCAAACCUACAUUGGCAAGCCCCCUAACUUUUCUAAUGAGACCGCAUUGGUAAAAGAUGUCAUGAAGUUCCCACUUCUCUUCGCGCCUGGUGACUCAUGGAAUUACGGCGCUAAUAUCGAUUGGGCUGGUCAAAUGGUAGAGAGAGUCAAUGGCAACAUCUCCUUGGAGGAAUACUUUAAAAAGAAUAUUUGGGAACCUCUUGGCGUAGACAGCAUAACCUUCCAUCCGAUUCAGCACCCAGAAAUAAUCUCGAAAAUUGUUGCGAUGAGUAGAAGGGAAGGGCCAUUAACUCCGUUUGGUACAACGGCAAACCCCGACGGCAAGCUCACAUACAUGAGUCAAGGAUUAUGGCAUCCAGGUACUAAAGAUUGUUAUGGAGGUGCUGGAGCUUUUGGAAGUCCCCUCGACUAUUUCAAGUGUUUGCAUAGCAUUUGUUCUGACGAUGGUCGAUUGCUGAAAUCAGAGACCAUUGACGAGAUGUUUAAGCCGCAGCUCAGCGAAGCCGCAAGAAAAGGAUUGAUGGAAACCCUUUCUAAUCCAGAUGUCAACGCGUGUAUGGGUGACUUACCUCAAGGAGCCAAAGUCGAUUUUGGCCUCGGAGGAAUGAUCAAUUUGGAGGAUAUUGGUGGUAGAAGCAAGGGCUCGCUGGCUUGGACAGGAUAUCCAAACAAUUUUUGGUGGAUCGACCGUAAAGAUGGAAUAUGUGGCAUGUGGGCCUCGCAGAUUACGCCUCCUGGAGAUCCAAAAGGCAAUCGAUUGUUUCACACAUUCGAAGAGGAAGUGUACAGGAAGGCAAAUGUCUCUCCAGAGAAAUUGUAA